AGUGCGCAAAAGCGUCGCGAAUUCCUCUCGUUCAAAAUCCGCACCAAUUUUUGUCACAUUCCGAAUCUUUCAGUGUUUUUUUUUCGAACCGGGGAACGAUUUACGAGAAUAGACCACGCGUGAAGACAAGGCGGCAGCAGUUGCUAGGCUAAGUCUACUAAGCCACAGACGACCAAGUAUUCUAUCUUUCUAUAGUGUUGUUCUCCACUGCUUUAGCUUUUGUUGACGCCGACCACCGCGACAGAAUUGAACAACAAGAUGGUUGUCCAAACGGUUCCCGACCAGGGAAAGCAAGUGCAGCUCGCCGUUGGUGAGCAGCAGGUGGUGGAAAAGUCAGCCGGGCCGUCCUCUCCGCGGCGGUCGCUGUCGCCGAAAUUUUCGCAGAAGAAGGCACGCAUGCGGGAGUUCGACAAGAUUGUGAAGUCCAUGCCGAGCGCGCAGUGGAUCUUGGAGACCGACGACUUUUUCGCCAAGAAGGUUGCGAAGCCGAAGUGGAACAACCAAGUGUCGUUGUUCGAGAACGUUUAUGCAUUGCAAAAGUAUCGUACAAAUCUCCUCAGCAUGAGAAAUAAAAUUUGUCAUGCGGAUUUACCUUACGAAAAAAAUUUGUAAUGGCAUGACUGCAAAUCAUACGAGUGCGAUACUUUUCCUUUUGCUGAGGAUAACGUGGGUUGUUGCGCGAACGGACGCAGUUACUUUGACCGCUUCCGGCCGCGGGCCAAGGACCACGCCAGCAAAACCGGAAACCUGAAGUCAACCUGGCUCAUGGACAAUGUGGCUGACAACGAAAAGCAUCUCAUCGGCGGACCAAAACUGAAAUCCCGUACACUUAUAAUUGACUUUACGUAGUUGGAUUUGUAAAACAAGUUCAUCUGCGCGUGCUUUGCCUUGCCUCUUUUUUGUGCAUCUAGUUCAGUUUUUCCUCUGCGGUUUUUUCAUUUGAAGCAACAUGUGCAAGGAGUCGGCGUGAACAUGGUUCUCUGGUAUUCAUUACUGCUUCAUUUCUUACAGCCGCGUGCAAGAUCCUGUAUUCGCACGUGCACCGAGUUCCGACGCCCCGGCAAAAUUAUUUGACGAAGCACGGUCUCAUAUUCUGAGUAAAGACGUCCCCACCCCAUAGUUGUCAUGCAAUUCCGCAUGCCAAAAAAGUUUCUCAUGCAGAGCCCUAUGCGAAGCAUUUUCUAUUCGUGUUUUGGAAUUUGUGACGCUAGAGUCAGCAUCUUAUGCUAGAUCUGUGAUGCUUCUUCACUAGCUAAACAGGAUUACGCUACGCGGACAAACUUGUCAUGCCAAACAAGCAAAGCUGGCUGAUUUGUCUAGCAGAUUAUCCAUCUUGACUCUGGUGUGGGGACGUUUUUACUCAGGAUAUCUCACGCCAGUGGUGUGUCCCGACGACCCGAUUCCAAAGCCGGAGAUCAUCGCCGGGAGCGGGUACGUAUCAACUGUAAAAAUGUCUGGGUCUGGAAGAAUCCAACUUGUCAUGCUGAUUUUGGAUUCUAAAAAAAUCUGUAUUGCAUGAGCAGCAAAGAGAGUCCAAGUUUUGCUGCACGGAAAGAGCAUUUGUCAUGCGGUAUAGGCAUCAGAAAGCCCUCACAAAAUCUGUGAUGCUAGAGCAUGCAUCACAGACAUCAGGAGUCAUGCAAAAUGUGCAUGACAAACCAAUAAACCUUCACUAGAUCGCAUGCAAACAGGCCUCGGCACCUGUUUGCAUAUCGGUCGACGUGAGCACCGCGGCAGCAUUAAGGUCAAAAUGAAAACUAGGAAUGAGAUUCAUCGUAAGUUUAGUAGCCAAAAUUCAAUUCAGCGUCGGUUCGUGCACGAAGCCGACGCUGAAUUGAAGCGUCGGUUCGUGCACGUGUGUCGCCCUUCGUUCGUUGCUUCCAGGAGCAUGAUCGCAAAUUCGUACGCUCCUCCUGCUUUGAAAAAAAAAAUCCGAUCUUCCCGUCUGCCCCCAUCUUCCCAUGUAGAGUUAGGUCUCUGCCCUUUUAUUGCUUCUCUCGUGUAGAUGUGUUGUUGUUUUACCUGACUCGCCUUCUUAGCGCUAGCCCGCGUAGCCCGCGUCCUUGCAGGGGCAGCUGUUUUUUUUCCGCCUUGCCAGCGGGUUUUGUCGCGGGGAAGAAAGCAAUCUGGGUUCAACGGUCCCCGCCCCCCCAUCAUCGUGGGUUCGACGGCCCCCGCCCCAAAGGAGACCACUUAGAAAUAUUUUUUUUGUAGAGUGCAAAUUUUCACUGCGAUCAACCGUUCACCAUCGGCUGAAGCUGCACAUGCAUCCGGAGUAGUUUUGAAAAAUUAACUUUAUUGCCCGCGGCUUACGGGUUUCGUCUAAAGGUUCUUCGUCAGGGUGCGCGGUUUCUAUUAUUGGCGUUCGGCUUGGUCGCACCCUAUGGCUAGUAUCUGAGAUCAGAAGACCAUUUAUUUCGGGGGACAGUAGCGCGCGAAAAAAGUUCGUCGCGGGGGCACCCCGCAUGGUUCGUUUUUAUAUGCUUUCCGCACCAUGCAUCGAUGGCCGGGGGUUCGGUCGUGUUUCCCGCUGGGCUUUUCAAACGCGGGUUUGCAAAGCCCGUUUGCAUAGGGCGUUCCCAGUAUCCGCGUUUACAUAGAUCCCGGAUAUCGCCCCCUAUGGGCAACUAUCUCCCUAGACAGUGGCUCCUCCCUAUCUUUACUACCGUCAGGUGCAGCGGCUUUCUGCACAUAGCGCCUAGUCUCGACCCAUAUCGACCCCCCUUGCUAUUCGUCCCACAGCAUAGCAACGUCCGCCGCGGCUUACGGCUAUAGACGUUAACUAUAUCGUGGGGAUUUUCUAUGCGUGUGUCCGGUCCGAGUUCGAAAAAGGGUUCAGGGGUGACCCCCCUGUAUGCAUGCGGAUUUAUGCUUCCGAAGGGUUUAGGGUUUUGAUUUGUAUGGACCAAUGCGGCGCGCACAUCGAGUUUCCUGGCAGUGUCGACCUGCUGUACACGGCGUAACCCCCGGCGGAAAUAGACCGGAAAACGCAUCUGAAACUGAAACUGAGCUUGAUCUCGAUGUUCUAUCGACCACCGAUGUCGACCUUUUGCAGUAUGCACGCACAAACGAGAUUUUCGAAAGCGGAGGGGGGGGGGAAGAGACCCCCAUUUGGUUGUCGCGGCGCGAAGCCGCAAAUCCUUGGGCCACGUCUACCACCAGAAGUAUUCCGCCCGGGGGACGCCUCCAGUUCAGUUCAGUUCAGUUCAAAACAAACUGCCGCCAUGUAAAAAAAAAAAAAAAAUGUGCAUGACAAACCUGGCAAUCUUCCAGACCCAGACAUUUUUACAGUUGAUAAUACGGCAUGAAAUACAACACGGUGGCGCACUCUGAUUUCCGGGAGUACUUCGGUCACCACAAGCAACACCGCACGUUGCAGCGAAGCGUGGAGGAGUCAAACAAGGCCCUGCAGCUCAACUCCCUCGAGAAGGCAGGACUCCGCCCGGAAAGAGUACAUUGAAUGAUAAAUUGAGUGAAGCAGGAAUUUUUGCAAAGUCGUGCUCUUCGUGCUGCAAGGAGUGUGUCUACUUACAAUGCUUGUGUUUUUGCUCGCUGUAGUGUCUUGGUCGUUCGAUACUUUACAACUGCUCCUUUUGAUGAAGCCUAAAAGUUAUUCAGUGAAUACUAUUUCUAGCAUCUUCGUAACGCUAGAACGCCAGACACGCAAAAUUGUUUUUGAAAUGAAACAUCAGCUGCCAUCGCGGAAGCGGCGGUUGGAAAUGCGAUACAGUCAAUCGCAGCCGAUGCUCACGUAUCCUGCAAAAGAGCCUCGCACGCGCAUUUCAGACUACUAGCGAUGUCAAGAAGGGGCAUGUGAUGCUGACAGCUAGCGACAAACUUAGUCCGACUUAUCUACGGUGAGCUGUUGUGUUUCAAAUUCAAUAUCUUCUCUGCAGCAUGAAACAAAGAGAAUAAACAAUCGAGUUUGAUGUACUAAUCCUAACCGCAGCUAAUGCACCGAAAUGCGUAUGCGAGAAGAAAGUUUUGCGCUGCAUACCGCCGGACCGCUGGGAUACGAAAGUAUGGAUUCUAGCCUGCAAGGAACCAUGUACAACACGGCCGAAUGGACUCAGAAACUCGGCGGAGAGCACUGAGCACCGGCGUAGAUGUUGCAUGAUUUUAUUGUUCGUUUGCUUUUUCGUGAUUGUGAUUGAGAUAGAGAUUGCAUUUUUGCGGCAACACGCACAUACCGCAUGUUGCGAACGUGCAUGCUCCAGCUCACGCUACUGCUGUACAAAAAGUCUGAGUGCACAUUCAUUCGAUAAAUACGAUAUUUUACGCAAGAUUUGCUUGUUGUUUUUCGUUUUUCACGCUUAAUUUGAUAUUCUCUACACAUUUCCUGUAAUUUAGAAACAUUGGAUUUUUUUUCAUAUCAUAGAGAACCGGGAAAGUAUUCUCAGUAGCUUUAGCUUUAUACACAUUGUGCACGUGCUAUACCUGGAUGCUAUGUAUUGCGCGCAUUCCGAAUUCAUUGUACAAUAUAGUUUUGGUGCUACUGUGGAUCCUGAUUUUAU